AUGGCAUCUCACCAGAAAAAACUCCCUAUUUAUCGUUUUCUGCCGGUUCUUCGUCCCUCCCCAUUCUCCUACGCUCCUCCAUCUUCUCCCAACGUUCACCUUCAUGAUUCUCUCACCCCACAUUCAAGCGAUUCUCUCCAACAAAUACCAGCAACAAGAACCAUUGGUGUGAUCAGUAAAAUCGAUCAGGCACCUUCAGAUCCGAAAGUUCUUGCUGCUGUUCAGGCACUUCUGUUGGGUCAAGGACCAAGGACUUCAGCUGAUAUCCCUUGGGUUGCUCUUAUUGGGCAAUCAGUUUCCAUUGCUUCAGCUCAAUCUGGAAAUGUGGGGUCAGAUAACUCGUUAGAAACUUCUUGGAGGGCUGAAAGUGAAAGUUUGAAAUCUAUAUUGACAGGUGUCCCUCAAAGCAAGCUUGGUAGAUUAGCUCUUGUGGAGACCCUUGCUCAUCAAAUUCGUAGCAAAAUGAAAAUCAGGCUCCCAAGUCUUUUAUCAGGGUAUGUCUGUAAUAGAUUAUUUUGCUAUUACUUGGUUUAUGGUAAGUCACAAAUUGUGCAAGAUGAAUUGGUAAGGCUUGGGGAAUCAAUGGUGACUAGUUCUGAAGGUAUAAGAGCUUUGGCUUUGGAACUUUGUCAUGAAUUUGAGGACAAAUUUCUUCAACAUAUUAUGACUGGGGAGGGAAGUGGUUGGAAAGUUGUUGCAAGUUUUGAGGUUUCAGCUUCAGCUAAUGCUAUACCAGGACUUGGGAGAUAUCCUCCAUUUAAAAGAGAGGUGGUAGCAAUUGCUACAACAGCUGUGGAGGGGUUUAAGAAUGAUGCAAAGACCAUGGUGACUGCACUUGUUGACAUGGAGAGAGUGUUUGUUCCAGCACAACAUUUCAUCCGUUUGGUGCAAAGAAGUCUUGUUGAUGUGCAUAGUGUCAAGCAAAGUAGCCGGGAUGCUAUGAAAAUGGUCAACAAGUUCUUUUAG